AUGAAUGAGCGUUUUAGCACCAUAGAGAGCCAGAUGAAGAUGAUGAUGAGCCACCAAUCACAAUCUCAACCGAAUAAUGCAACUCAGCCUGAGGUUCAAUCUGGAAAUGGAGUUGAGGGUCAAUCUGGAAAUGGAGUUGAAGGUCAAUCUGGAAAUAGAGUUGAGGCUCAAUCAGGAAAUGGAGUUGAGGCUCAAUCUGGAACUAGAGUUGAGGCUCAACUUGGAAAUGGAGUUGAGGCUCAAUCUGGAACUAGAGUUGAGGCUCAACUUGGAAAUGGACUUGAGAUUCAUCAAUCUACUAAUUCAAAUGAUGAACCUUGUAGAUUGAUAAUAGAGUCGUCACUGGAAACAGUUGCAAAAGGUUAUAUAGUCCAUACUGGAGAUGAUAAAAUUCAUUGCGAUGACAUUAGGGAUAAUCUUCGAGUUCGCAUAACUGAAGUUAUUGUGGGAGAUGCAGAUUUACCAAAAGCGAUCUCAGAUGAGGUUGUAAAAGUAAAAGAUGCGAUUAAUACAUUUGUACCAUGGCCUUCACACUUAGUACUAAGAGGAUUUGAGGCCUUAAUAGAACCAAGACCAAAGAAGUUGAAAGUUACAAGAAAGAAUAAUCCAAGUCAACACAUACAACCUACAACUCAGCCACAACAAAAAGAGUCACGUCCAUUCUCAUCAUCUAGUGUCAAAACAUCAAGUUUGACAACGAAAAAAAGUACAAUUCCGGAUCACAUACCACCAAGUUUGGUUUUGUACACAAAAAACUUUUUGAAGAGUAAGGGAUCUUUUAUGUGCACGAUUACAGCUCCUCAAAAUAUAUUUGGAUCAAUUGAACAUAACAUAUAUAUUGACAAGGAUGAUGUUUCACAAGUUUUACAUCUUGAAGAAAUCAGUGCAGCUGUCAUCUCAUUGUAUAUGAGAGGUCUAUAUGAAACUCUUUUAAAAAUGAGAAUUGCUCAAUAUGUAUCAUUUAUGGAGGCUUCUCAAUUUGCACCGAGCAUUGGUAAAACAAACAAUAUUGUUGAACGAGCAAGAUUACUUGCGGAACUCUUAAAUUCAGUAGAAAAGGGGAUGUUUCUAUUGACACCUUAUAACUUGGGACGACAUUGGAUGGUGAUAAUCAUAUAUGCUCAUAGCCAAGAUGCAUAUUUUUUCGAUCCAGUUGGUAAUCAUCCAAAAGAAGAUGCCGUGAGUGUAGUCAAAAGUGCAUUUGACUUAUAUAAUACCCGAAAUAAUAAUUUAAGAAGAAAAGUCCAAGGAGUAACUUGGUAUACAGUUCAGGUAUGAGUACUUAAAUUGAAUUUUAAAACUUUUUAUAUUUGAAUUAUUUUUCUAUUCAAGAAUUAUGACAUAUAUAUAUAUAAAUAUUUUCAGGGUCCUAAACAACCUGACGAUAAAGUCUGUGGUUUUUACAUCAUGCGACUAAUGAGAGACUUAACUAUGUCGAACGAUCCAAGAGAUUAUCUAGAGAAGCAUGUAAGUGUUUGAG